AUGAUUACGCCUUGGGAUGAGGCUGCAGAACGAACAAAACGAUUUCACACACGUAAAGCAAGGCAGGUUGUAAAUGCAGCGUUGGAAGAAAUAGCACCACAGAGUGCAGAGAUAUUGCUGGAUUCUGUACAAUCAUGUAAAGAAGACAAAUGCGACAUUGAUUCUACGCUGAUGGGUGUACUUGUCGAGUGCUAUGAAAAUGCUUUACAGCGCUUUAAAGAAGUCAAAAGAUGGAUCCCUAAUCAGUCCAGAUAUAGAUACAACAUUGUGCAGCACCAUGUGUUACUCCAUGGCAGAGGCUCAACUGUUCCUUCAAGUAACAACACAAGA